AUGGGUUUAUUGGCCAUAGGUGGCAACGGCGCCGUUCUCUUCAUUCGGACUCGGGAUAGAAAGAAACACAAAAAUAAGGUCCAGAAUACAAUGAUAAGCAGCUUAGCCAUGGCUGAUGUUUUGAUGGGACUCUACAUGAUUAUCAUUACGUCUGCAGAUCUGGAAUAUGGCAACAAGUUUUACCUCAGCGCCCCUCAAUGGCGCAAUUCCAAUUUGUGUCGGUUUGCUGGAUUUCUCGGGUUUCUAUCCAGCGAGGCAUCGGUUCUGACCCUGACUUUGAUAUCCAUUGAUAGGUUGAUAUGCAUUAUGUUUCCUUUCAAGCCGGAGUUUAAGAUUCGCCACAAGGGGUCUUUGAUUCUCGUUGGUGCAGCCUGGUCGUUCACUGUAUUGUUAAGUCUUGCCCUGGUCAUUGUUACAUCAUACAGACCUGACGUGUAUGGACUUUCUGACGUAUGCCUUGGUCUACCACUUCAUGUUGAGGCGAAAGACACUGGAGUCUUGGAAAUCAGUGGAGAAUUCUUCUUUGAGUAUCAGGUCAAUUACAAAAUCGUCGAGAGUCGGUCCAGGCCUCCAUGGUUGUUCUCCAUCAUAAUUUUCAUUGGGUUCAAUCUUGUUUCUUUCACUUUCAUCUUAAUCUGCUAUAUCAUGAUCUUCAUCAAAUCUACAAGUGCUUCAAAGAAAGUCCGCAACAGCAAAUCCAUCAAGCAAGAAACAAGACUAGCUGUUAGGAUGGCGAUGAUCGUUGCUACUGACCUCGCUUGUUGGAUGCCAGUGAUCAUCAUGGGAAUCCUUUCUCAGACCGGUGCAGUCACCCUCGAUCCUUCUCUCUAUGCUUGGACAGUGAUUCUCAUCGUCCCUAUCAAUUCAUCAAUUAAUCCGUUCCUAUAUACAUUCAUCGUUUAUAUAGAUGGCAUGAAGGCGAAAAGGAAGACAACUGAUAAAGACAAGAAAAUCAACUUAAAAGAUGUGAAAAACGAGCGCGGUGGGAAACAGUCUUCUUCCAUCACUAGCACUACCAAAGUAUCUGAAACAUAG